AUGUACAUAUCACCAACUCAAUACUCUAAAGCAUUCCAAGAAAUCAAGCGAACAUCAUUAUCGCAUUCCACCUGCAAGUUAAUUAUAUUUGUUUCAUGUUUAAAUAUUGAUUCGCUAUGUUCUGCUAAGAUUUUGAGUAUUAUAUUUAAAAAAGAGCUAAUUCAGUAUCAGUUAAUACCGGUGGUAGGAUAUUCUGAUUUAAAGAAUCAUUUUAGUAACUUGGAUUCAGAUGUUACGAAUGUCAUUUUGAUUGGAUGUGGUGCAAUGCUUGACUUGGAAAGUUUUUUUGAGAUUAAUAUUGAUGAUUAUGAUGUUGGAAAUGGCAACAAGGUGGAAACUGACGAUCUUCACGAUGACCCUUUGAAAGGUGGUGCUAGUUUGCGGAGAAAAAUUUAUAUUAUAGAUGGCCAUAGGCCAUGGAACUUGGAUAAUAUAUUUGGGUCAUCAAUGCUUGUGUGUCUCGAUGAUGGGUUCAUAGAAGGAAAUCUCGAUAAGGAAAAAACAGCAUAUAAGACAUUAGUGGAGCAAGAAGUAGAUUCAGAAGAAGAAUCGCUGUCUAGUGAUGACAACGAUGAGAAUGAAUACCAAGACGAAGAGGGAGAAGACGCCGACGAUAAUGACAGCGAUGAUAAUAUAGUAAUAAGUUCUCAAGAUGACCCAGAAACAUCGUCACGUAAACGGAGAAAACAAGAGAUUAAGAUGAAGAAAUUGAAGAAACAACGGAAGCAGCAAAUAUCGGGUUGCGAAGAUAUAGUGGAAACAUAUUAUAACCAAGGUACGACAAUAAUAACUUCAACCACGGCUACGAUAUAUGCACUAUUAUCAUCAAUUGGUGAAACUAAUAUUGAAAAUUUAUGGUUAUCAAUUAUUGGUACAUCAUCAUUAGAUAAUCAUUAUCCUGAGGUUUACGAUAAGAUUCAACCUUUAUUCAAGGAAGAAGUGUUCAGAUUAAACCCUUCAAACACCAAUAAUAACGCGGACAAAACAGCCGACUCAACAUCAUUAAGUAUCGAUAAGGACUACCACUUAUUUUUAUUACGCCAUUGGACUCUAUAUGAUUCAUUUUUUUAUUCAAGUCAUGUAAACUCAAAGUUGAACUUGUGGACCGAAAAUGGUAAGAAGAAAUUGCAUAAGUUGUUUGCCAAAAUGGGGGUUUCAUUGGCUAUAGCUCAACAGAAUUGGCUUUAUAUGGAUAUUGGAAUAAAGAGACAGUUACCAACCAUUUUCAAUAAGUAUUUACCACUUUAUGGAUUGGAGGGCAUAGUGCGGAAUGGAUUUAUAAGAACUUUUGGAUAUUCGGGACAGCUAUCUGCAAUAGAGUGUGUUGAAUCACUCACUGCAUUACUUGAAUGCGAUAAACGUAUAUUGGACGGCAACAAUAACUUCAAUGACGAAGAGGAUGACAAUCUUGAUGAUGAAGAUAAGAUAAACUCAAGAAUUGAAAGAAAGGAAAAAAUAUGGGUCAACAAUUUUUGGUCAUCCUGGGAUGCAUUAAACAUGAAUACCAAUACUUCAAAGUCUGUUAGUGCCAAGAUACCUUCAACAAACUUCAAGAAGGCCAAGGGUUUCGAUUUAUUAUUGCAAGGAUUAGAACAUGCCAAACAAAUUCAACAAAUCCUUUUUCGGACAGGGAUGUCCUUACUAGAAAGGAAGUUGAUAAAAAAUUUAAGAUUGUAUAGGUUAUGUGUCUUAAAUGACGGUUCAAUACCAGAUCUAGAGAUAUUUAAUAAUCCAUUGAUUUUAUCUAAAUUGGGAUCUUGGUUACUCGAAAACAUAACCGAAUUAGAAUUUUUAAAUUCGGUAUCGAAUAAAUCAUUGAAGCCCUUAGUUGUGGCAAGUCUUGACGUUGCGAGCGACACGUAUUUAGUAAUUGGAUUAGCACCAAAAUAUCCAAGGGGUAUGGAUAAUUCAACAAAAGCAAAAUUAUUACAACUGAAGGAUGAUGCAACUAUUACUACAAGAUUAAAUACAUUCAGCGUUGCAUUCCAACAAGUGGCUAAUACAUCCGGUGCAAAGGUAAGAAUAGAUAGUUUUGACAGUUCUGUCAUCGAAAUCAGAAAGGAUGAUUUAUCUCCUUUCUUAGAAAAGUUAACUCUAAGUGGAUUGGUUUAG